GCAGAGAGCAAGGCGCUGCCACUUGGGCGCAGUGGGUGCUCCUGGUGCGAGGGUGGGGAGGGAGGCGCUGCCCGACUCAGCCCCCCUUCUGCGCUCUCCCUGGCCCCUCGGCCGGCGGACGGCUUCCCACAGGGCAGAGAGCUCCGCUUUGCUGCCCCUGCGGACAGGAGCAAAGGGGCAGGGAGAACGGUCACCCUCGGGCUGCAGCCCUUCUCCCCGGCGCCGGCGCCUCGGCUCCGCCACCUGAGUGACGAUGACGGGCCCGACAGCCUCGGAGGUGCCGCCGCCGACCAUGGCGGUCAAGAUUAUCUCAGCCGGAGUGGCGGCCUGUGUGGCGGAUGCCAUCACCUUCCCGCUGGACACAGCCAAAGUCAGGCUACAGAUCCAAGGUGAAUGCCCGACCUCCACCGCCCCUAAGUAUAAAGGCGUUCUGGGAACCAUCACCACUCUGGUGAAAACUGAAGGACCAGUGAAACUCUACAGCGGGCUGCCUGCCGGCUUCCAGAGACAGAUAAGCUCUGCCUCUCUUAGGAUUGGGCUCUAUGACACCGUCCAGGAGUACUUCACCACAGGGAAAGAAAGUAGCUUAGGAAACAAGAUCUCAGCUGGCCUAACGACUGGAUGUGUGGCAGUAUUCAUUGGGCAACCCACAGAGGUCGUGAAGGUCAGACUUCAAGCACAGAGCCAUCUAUAUGGUCCCAAACCUCGCUACACUGGGACUUACAACGCUUACAGAAUUAUAGCAACAACUGAAGGCUUGACAGGUCUUUGGAAAGGGACUACUCCCAAUCUGGCAAGAAAUGUCAUCAUCAAUUGUACAGAGCUAGUAACAUACGACCUAAUGAAGGAGGCCCUUGUGAAAAACCAAAUACUAGCAGACGAUGUGCCCUGCCAUGUCGUGUCGGCUGUUAUCGCUGGAUUUUGCACAACAGUUCUGUCCUCUCCAGUGGAUGUGGUGAAAACCAGAUUUGUUAAUUCUACACCAGGACAGUACCCAAGUGUGCCCAACUGCGCAAUGACAAUGUUCACCAAGGAAGGACCAUCGGCUUUCUUCAAGGGAUUAGUGCCUUCCUUCUUGAGACUCGGAUCCUGGAACGUCAUCAUGUUUGUGUGCUUUGAGCAGCUGAAACGAGAACUGAUGAAGUCGAGGCAGACCGUGGACUGUGCCACGUAAUCCUCUUCAGGAACAGGCUGUAACCUGCCGGUGGGAGUCUGUUCACUGGGAAAUGGAAAACAAAAAUCCAACAAAAAACCUAUCCACUUUAUUGCAGCCUAAAAAGACAAAGGAAUUCUGGUAGAGUAGAGAUUUUUGGACUUUUUUUCUUCAAAGGAAAACUAAUACCUGCUAUUUCUUGUGACUUUUAUUCUCAGUGUUUCAAGGAGGAGAAAGCAAGACAUUCAGGGCAAACUCUGGCAAAUGUCUAGAUAACUUACUGCAUUUGAUUGACCAUUUUGAGCAUGUGUUUGGUUGGGGGGGUGGUUUAUGAUUGAAUAUGAAAAACUUUAACAUGCCUUAAUUAUAAUUCAGACUGAUAGAAAAGGAAAACUGAGUGAAACGCACUUUAUACUUAAAAAUGAGUUCUCAAAGAAUACAUUACUGUUUUAUUUUUGUUUACUAACCCAAUUGCCACUUAAUAUAUUCAAUAAAGUGCUACUAAUACCUUU